CGGUGCAUGCAGAUAGGCAUGGGCUUGUUUUGUUUAUCUUCCGCAAUACAACUAAGAAAAUCUUUCUAAACAGAAGCCACUUUAUUAGUUCAUCAUAAUAAACGUUUAUCUGAAUUACAUUUAUGGAGGAUACAGAAUCAGAAAAUAAACAUCCAGAGAAUGGAGCAAAUAAGCAACCAACUGCCCCACCAGAAGAAACUGUUCCAAAAUUGGUGGUUGAAUCAACUAAACAAACGAAAGAAAGCAAGAAAAGUGUGGUUCGUAAGCCUCCUGAGCUUCCAACUUUAGAAAGACGCAAUUGGUUAAUUCAUUUACAUUUUACUCGUAAAGAAUACGACACUUGUAAAAUGAUAAUCAAGGAACAGUUAGACGAAACCCAAGGAAUGUGUGAAUAUGCUCUUUAUGUACAGGCACUGAUUCUUCGGCAUGAAGGUAGAAUACAGGAAUCUUUAGAACUAUUUCAAACUUGUUCUAUUUUGAAUACUUCUGCAGAAAACCUUAAACAAGUUGCACGCUCACUUUUCUUACUUGGAAGGCAUAAGAAUGCUAUUGAUGUGUACGAGGAAGCUGCUAGAAUGAACAGUAAAGAUUGGGAGUUAUGCCAUAAUCUUGGUGUUUGCUACAUGCAUCUUCAAAAUCAUAAACAAGCAUUUGAAUGCUUCAGACAAGCCUUGCAAAUCAGGCCACAAGAUGAAACUUUUAUAGCACUAGGACAACUGCAUGUGAUGGAAGGCGAUAUCAAAGCUGCCAUUUCAACUUAUCGCAAGGCAGUGGAGCAUUCUCCAGAAAAUCCAGAAUUGGCAUCAAAAUUAGGACUACUUUAUUUACAGUGUGGAAUGUUUCAAAAAGCUUUUGAGAAACUUGGAACAGCCAUGGCAUUUGAUGCUGCUUGUAUACCAGCUAUUUUAGCUGCUGGGAGCAUAAUCCAAAAUCAUAGUGAUUUUGAAGUUGCUCUGUCUAAAUAUCGAAUAGCUGUUGCAAAAAUUCCUGAAAGUCCUGCUUUAUGGAAUAAUAUCGGAAUGUGUUUCUUUGGUAAAAAGAAAUAUGUAGCUGCCAUAAGCUGUUUGAAAAGGGCCACAUAUCUUGCGCCAUUUAGUUGGCAAGUCUUACAAAAUCUGGGAUUAGUUCAUCUAACAAUGCAACAAUAUGCUUCUGCAUUUCACUUUUUAAGUGCUGCCAUGAAUCUUAACUCACACAGUGGGCAAUUAUUCAUGCUUCUGGCAAUUGCCUUGAAAUAUCUUCAAGAUGUGAAAAAUGCAUGUCAGGCAUAUGAUCAAGCUAUGAAGUUAGAUCAAGUUGAUCCCACAAUUCCAUUAAAUUUUGCCUUGCUUUUAUUUGAAAUAGAAGAAAAGGAAAAAGCCAUCGAAUUAAUGCACGAGUUCAGAAGGCGUAUUGCAGAAAUUUCCUUUGAAAAUGAAAAAGCCAAGCUUCGAAGCAUUAUUUAUCUUGCAGAUAAUCUAGCUGAUGCAUUGCAGAUCAAAUCAUUUCAAGCUCUUCCUGUGAAAGAUGAGAGUAGUAAUAUUCUAGAAGGGGAAAAUCAAUUAAUGCCAAGUGAUUCCAUUCAACAAGAAACAAGUCCUGACACUUCAGAAGGCAAAGAAGUGCUUGUAUAAACUUGUGUCACAAAGGAAUCAAAUAUGAAUAAUGGAUGUGUUUCAGUUAUUGAAAGAACAGCAUAAACUAUCAUAGUGAAGAGAUAUUAAAACAAUUUAUCCAAAAGUAGUGAAACUAAAAAUAUAACUUAUAUGAAGAAAAUAAAAAAUUCAAAUAUUCAAAACUUAGGUCAAUGCUUCACACUUCUUUUUCUCGUAAAUUAUGGAAGAUGAUUUCAAUUUUUAACUUAUUGACACUGUGACUUCAAAAAAAUAUGUACUUAACAGAACAUUUUCUUUCUUUUUAUUUUAAUUACAAAAUCUUAAUUGAAUAAGCAUAAUGUAAUGUUUUU